CGCCGCAUUUACCGCCUCCCAACGGAUAAACUAUGAAAAUCGUCUGCUCACAUUCUAGAGUGUUGCUAACUUGCUAUCAAUUCGUAUUUGGCGACAACAGUCUUUAUCUUGUGCUUGUACCUUGCUGUUUUAAGGAAUUAUCUUACCUACGUACAUCUUUGGGCUACAAAUCAAAAUUACACAGAUAUUUUGCUUCUCUUGGCAUCAUGCAGAAAAGAAGCUCAACAUUUGCUGAUAUGUCAUUGGUUAACUCUGCCCCAAAGUCGUCAGUGGAUUCCUCUCCUAAAAAGAAGACAUUAAUUGGAAAACACCUCACACUUCUUCAGCCAUAUGUCCGAGUUGAAAGACUUGAUCGAGAAACUCUCAGAAGGUUAUUACCAUCAGUCAGAAAAGUGGUUGAAGAUCAAUCUGAAUCUUCGGAGGAGUCUGUUGAGAAAAAUGAAUCUGAAUAUUCAGCAGAGGAGUUAGCCGAGGAAAAUGAAUCUGAAUCUUCAGAGGAGUCUGCAGAAGAAAAUGAAACUCCUGUCAAACAAAACAAAACAAGUGAAAGAAAAACGAAUGCAAAAGCCACUUCUGAAAUGUCAGAAUAUGAAAAGCAAAUUCAAAGAAACAUAGAAGGGAAAGAGAAAAUGUUCCAACAACUUAUUGGAGGUGCAAAAAAGGAUUUUAUGAAAGUAGUACCGAAGACAAUCUACAAUAAUGUUGAAGUAAUUAAGAAGAAGAAGAGGAGAUGCCACGACGAUGUAAAUGAGCAGGAGUUCAGAGCUCUUCAACGACAAAAAAAUAUGAAUAAAAGCAGAGACCUGACCUCGAUUAGUAGAUCUUUGAGAUCAAGGAAAACUCCAUUACCAAUUCAAAAUUAUGAUGAACUUUUAGGGGGACCUUCAGAGGAAAGCUCAGGUGCAUGGAAAUACAAGCAGAACCACCUUAUUGGCACGGCCAAAUUGAUCCGCGACCAGCAGAAGCAGCAGCAGCUCAGUCCCAAUUACAGCCAGGCCCUGCACUGCCACACCUCGCCCGGAAGCGGAUCGCUGCCGUACCCGUUGAAGAAAAAGGGCGGCAAAUUGCACUACGAGUGCAACAUUUGCCAAAAGACGUUCGGUCAGCUGUGCCACCUGAAAACUCACUUGCGGACGCAUUCCGGCGAGCGCCCCUUCAAGUGCAACGUCUGCACCAAGAGUUCAGUGACAAGUCCAAUCUCAAGAAGCACCACCUUGUCCACACUGGGGAGAAACCGCACCAGUGCGACAUUUGCAAGAAGGGGUUCGUCCAGCUGUGCGACCUCAAGAGGCACCACCUGGUCCACACUGGGGAGAAACCGCACCAGUGCGACAUUUGCUCGAAGAGGUUCAGCCAAAAGUCCCAUCUCAAGAAGCACUUGCGGCUGCAUUCCGGCCAGAAGCCCUACGCCUGCGAUUUGCGUCCGGCCAAAACUCCCCCCCUGUUCGUCGAGUUUAAGUUGCACAAGCGAUGGCAAACCAAACGGUCCUACACUUGCCGCGAACGCGGAUGCCAGAAGAAGUUCAUCAGCACCAGAGGAUUGUUGACCCACUGGAAGACGACCAAUU